AUGGCCGGCAUAAAACGUAAAUCCACAGGCGCAGGUGCGCCCGACGUCAAGGCCAAGAGCAAGAAGGUCAAGGUCGACAAGCCCACGACGAAGCGCGAGACGAAGCACGACGUCAAGCCGGUUAAGAAGGCAAAGAAGGCCAAGGAAGAGAGCUCCGACGACUUUGAGGAGUCAGACACCAGCGAAAAGGACAAUGGUUUUUACAGCUUCUCUGCGGCUGACGGUGCCGAUGUCGACAUGAGCGACGCCGAAAGCAGCGACGAGACCGAGCAACAAACUGCAAAGUCGAACGGCAAGACCCAAAAGCCCACAGACGAUGGCGCAGAGUCGAAAUUGGCGGGUCUAAAUUCAAACAACUCGCGAGAAGCGCAUGCGAAGCAGAAAGCUCUUGCCAGAGAACGAAAAGCCGCGAAGCCGAACGCCGACAUCAUCGAGCGGUCCAAGAAGCUUUGGGAGAAACUAAGGCUGAAGUCGCACGUUGACAAGGAGGAGAGGAAGGGCCUCGUCAAGGAGCUGUUUGACAUCAUAACUGGCAGAGUCAAGGACUUUGUCUUCAAGCAUGACUCCGUUCGUGUCAUUCAGACGGCGAUCAAAUACUCCACAAUGGAGCAGAGGCGGAUGAUCGCGAGAGAGCUGAAGGGAGAGUUCAAGGUCCUGGCUGAGGGCAAGUACUCCAAAUUCUUGAUUGCCAAGUUGGUGGAGAAGGGUGACCCUGAAAUCCGCGACCUCGUAAUCACCGAGUUCUACAGCCACGUCAAGCGCAUGAUCAACCACCCCGAAGCCGCGUGGAUAGUAGACGACAUAUACCGAGCCGUAGCCACACCAGAGCAGAAGAACCGUCUUCUUCGGGAAUGGUAUGGUCCUGAGUUCUCUAUCAAGGGUCUCUCUGCCGAGGGUACCGACAGCGCAGAGCUAUCGGCCAUCCUAAAAGAGUCGCCGGAGAAGAGGAAGCCUAUCAUGGGCUACCUAGAGAACCAGAUCAACUCACUCAUUCAGAAGAAGCUCACAGGUUUCACCAUGCUACACGACGCUAUGUUGCAAUACUUCCUGGUUUGCGAGCCCGGCACCGAACAAGCCAACGACUUCCUUGAACAUCUUAAGCCGGACCCAACAACCAAGGAGGGUGAAGAAGCCGACAACGUGGAUCUCCUGAAGAACCUUGCCUUCACAAAAUCAGGGUCGCGACUGAUGUCACUUUGCUUUGCGUACGGAACAGCCAAAGACCGCAAGCUCUUCCUACGACCGUACAAGGACACAGUUGAGACAAUGGCCUUUGAUCAACACGCUCAUCACGUUCUUCUUGCUGCCAUGGCAGUUACUGAUGACACCAAGCUUUCCGCCAAAUCAAUCUUCAGCGAGCUUCUACCAAACAACGACGCCCUCCCUGAAAAGGUGUUGAACCUUGUCAACGAUGCUCGCGCACGCACAGUCUUGUUAUACCCAUUCGCCGCAGAUGCGAAAUGGCUGUUAGAUGACAACACGCGGGAGCGACUGAACGAGUUGUACACCAUUCGUCAGAAUACGUCAAAGAAGGACCCAAACAUCCGUCUACAAGAGAUCGCGAAGAACAUCGAGCCGCAGCUACUGACCGCUGUUACUGCUCGCGCUGCUGACUUUGCCUCGUUCACAUUCGGCUUGCAAUUUAUGGGCGAGGUUCUCGUUGGAGCCCCGGAAGUGGAACCGGCGAAGCGCAAGGAGGCACUGGCAGAGGUUGCUCGUCUAUCGCAAUCGAUAUUGGACUCUGCUCUUCCUGCCUCUGCUGGCGACAACAAGGCUACUAGUCAUGGCAAGAACAUGUUGAAGAUGCUGGUACAAGGUGGCAAAUUCGACCCUGCCACCAAGAAGGUCGUUCCUGUAGAACCUGCGCUCGGUUUCGCAGAUUUGCUUUGGCCUCAAAUCAAGGCCAAUGUUGUUGACUGGGCGACUGGCCAAGGCUCCUUUGUGGUGGUUGCUUUGACCGAAGCUGAAGGCUUUGGAAAGAAGGACGAGGUACUGAAGGCGCUGAAGAAAGAGAAGAAGGCACUAGAAGCAGCUGCCAAUCCUCCAGGUGCACAAAAUGGAGAGCCCAAGGGCAAGAAGCAGAAGAAGGGCGAUAAGUCUGACAGCACUCCCAGAGGAAACGCGGGUGCAAAGAUUCUGCUUGAGAAGUUGUAG